CACCCAAAGCAAAUACCGGAAGCGAAGGUUUGUUUUUUCCAGCGAAAAGAGAUGGCAGCGGGCGGCGUGCACUGGGAGCUACAAGGUGGUGCUGGUAGGGGACGUAGAAGUCGGGAAAACGACCCUGUUCAAUCGAUUCAAGCUGGGACGGUUCGUGGAUAGCGGUGACGAGAAGCAGACGCGACAACAAGCGGAGCACAGCAAGACGUGGGAGUACGAGGGAGAAACCUAUUCUAUGACACUGUUUGACACGGCGGGAUGGAGCGGUUCGAAGGUACACUGCCGCCCACCUACUUCCGCAACGCCUUCUCCGUCAUUUUCAUGUACGCCAUCAACAGCACAGAGAGUAUAAGCAGCAUCCCGUCGUGGGCCGACAGCGUCAGCAUCCAGCACAUUGGCGAGCAGGGAAAGAACAUUAUCAAGGCCCUGGUGGGAACCAAGUGCGACCUGGAAGACGAGAGAGAGGUGAACAAGAUGCGAGCCAAGGAGACAGCGCAGAAGUCUGAGAUAAAUGAGGAUAUGGUGUUCGAGAUCUCGGCAAAGACGGGGGAUGGGGUAGAGGAGAUGUUUGCCGCCAUCGCAAAGGCGUUCAAGACGAGAGAAGGAAGAAGACAGAGACAUCUGGCGGUGCGUUCCCACAGGAACAGAAAAGUUCAAAUAGAAAAUGCUGCUCCUAAGAGUGAAACCCCCCACCUAUUAUAGUGUUAUCAAUUAUGGUAAGCUAGCUUUUAGCGG